AGGGCGUGGGGCCGCGGGCUGCUGCCGGGCUGGGCUUGCCGAGGUAGACGUAGCACGACGAGAAGGCGUUUGCCACGGUCCGGAGCGAGAUGUCGAAGAACACGGUGUCGUCGGCCCGGUUCCGGAAGGUGGACGUGGAUGAGUACGACGAGAACAAGUUCGUGGACGAGGAGGACGGGGGAGACGGCCAGGCCGGGCCCGACGAGGGCGAGGUGGACUCCUGCCUGCGGCAAGGAAACAUGACAGCUGCCCUACAGGCUGCUCUGAAAAACCCCCCUAUCAACACCAAGAGUCAGGCAGUGAAGGAUCGAGCAGGCAGCAUUGUCUUGAAGGUACUCAUCUCUUUUAAAGCUAAUGAUAUUGAAAAGGCUGUUCAGUCUUUGGACAAGAAUGGUGUGGAUCUCCUAAUGAAGUAUAUUUAUAAAGGCUUUGAGAGCCCCUCUGACAACAGCAGUGCUGUGUUAUUGCAAUGGCAUGAAAAGGCACUUGCUGCUGGAGGAGUAGGGUCCAUUGUUCGUGUCUUGACUGCAAGGAAAACCGUGUAGUCCAGCAGGAACUGGAUGUGCCGGGGAGUGGGAGUCGCUGGUUCAAAGACCAAAACAACCAAAUGCCACCGCUGCCCUGUGGGUAGCAUCUGUGUCUCUCAGCUUUGCCUUCUUGCUUCCUUUUUCAUACCUGUAAAGAAAAUGACAUAACAGUUUUCCUUUAACAAAAAUUGGGAUGAUAAAGAGGAAAUUAUGUUUCAAUAAGACAGUUUCAUCCUCUCAAACCCAUUUUAAUGAUACGCAUACCAGACUGUAUAUAGUAUAAUUUACAUUCGAGGUUAAUUGUGCAAUUUUAACCCCUAUUGGCCGGGUUUGUGUUUUGUAUUAUUCUUAACUAAUACUGAGAGAUUUGAUCAUAAUUUGAGGCCAGUUUCCAAACUCGUUGCUAGUCAGGAAGUAACUUUUUUUUAAUUAUGAGAGACUGGCAGCUACUAACGUUGCAAAACUGGACCAUACUUCCCUUAUUUAAGCAAAACCUGCUUUGGGACCGAGCGGUAAAUGAACACGC